AUGGCAGGUAAUGGUAAGAGGUCUAAAUAUGUAUGGUCGAAGGUGGAGAACGCUAAGUUGGUGGAAGCUCUAUUGUAUUUGGUGGAGACCAGUUGGAGGUUCGAUAAUGGGACGUUUCGACCAGGAUACCUACAACACUUGGAGCAAAUUCUGCAUAAGAAAAUGCCCGGGUGCGCACUGAAUCAGAACACCAUUGAGUGCAAGGUAAGGAGUCUAAAGAAACAAUACAACAUAGUAUUAGUGAUGUUAAGUCAGUCGGGGUUCAACUGGAACGAGGAGUUCAAAUGUGUCCAGGUCGAGAAGGAGAUUUUCGAUCUUUGGGUUCGGAGUCAUCCCAAUGCAAAGGGGAUGUGGAAUAAGUCAUUCCACAUUACGAUGACCUCUCCACCGUAUUUGGGAAAGACAAAGCAGUAG